AAUAUAAAUAAAAACCUUUUUUUCCCUGUUUAAAAGAUGGAUUUAUGGCAAACAUGUCCAAAAAUCAAAUGUAAUGAAUAUAUAUAUAUAGCACUUGAAAAAGGUAUUCAAGAAGGAAGAUAAUAAAGGAAAUAAUAAGUACUUUUAAUAGCAAAAUUAUCAACAUUAGAUCUUUUGACAAUGGAUCCAUUGGAUAUUUGUAAAAAAACAUCUAUCAAGAUAGUAGAAAUUGAGGAAUUGAUUGAUAAAAUUAUACAAGAAUGUAUUCCUAAGAAGAAGGAAUAUAAGAAUAUUGAAAUAGAAUUUAUUACUACAGGAGAUAAAGCAAUUGAUGGUAUUCUUUCAGGAGGAAUACCAUUAGGACAUGUUUUAGAGGUAGCAGGAGAAAGUGGUACAGGAAAAUCACAAUUUUGUAUGCAACUUUGUUUAACAGUUCAAUUACCUCGAGAAUUGGGAGGGUUAGAGAAAAAUGCUAUAUAUAUAUCAACAGAAACAGGACUUUCAACAAAAAGGUUUUUUGAAAUGGCAAAAGGAUUUGAAAAACGAGUUAGAAUGAAUUAUCCAAACAUAAAUAUUAAUAUUAAUGAUCUGGGAAAUCAUGUAUAUUGUAUAACAUGUGUAGAUCUUGAAGAACAGAAUCAUAUUCUUCAAUUUCAAUUACCAAUAGCUAUAGAACGAUAUAAUAUUGGAUUAGUUGUGUUGGAUAACAUAGCUACACAUUUUCGUGCAGAAUAUGAUGUAUCAAAUAUAUAUUGUCAAACAGAGAAAGUCUCUAACCCAGCAAUAAAGCCAGGUUUAAUAGAUCUUGUUAAUAGAAGUCGAGAUUUAGUAAGAUUAGCUGCACAUUUAAGAUUACUUGCAGAAAAACAUCAAUGUGCUAUAAUUGUUAUUAAUCAGGUCUCUGAUAAGAUAAAAAAAGACACUAUGACAUUGUUUGAUUACAAUUAUCAAGGUGCUUGGUUUCAAGGUUGGAAACAUCAUGAAUAUUCAUGUAAAGUGCCUUCUUUAGGCUUUGUAUGGUCAAAUAACAUUCAUGGGCGUAUUUUAUUAUUACGUUCAACAUUAUAUCAAGAAACAUAUACUCAAAAUAGAGCACUUAAGGUGGUUUUUUCACCAUUUUGUGCACCUGCACAAAUUGAUAUAGAUCUUACACAUGAAGGGAUUUUUUCAAAACAUAGAAUCAAAGAAUAAUAGGGGAUGUAUACAUUUUUUAACAAGUAUUUGAAGAUCGACUACG